CCGCCAUUCACGCCGCCGCAGAAUUCCCCCCUGGUCCCUAGCCUACCCUGGGGCCUCAGCGCUCCUAUUCCAGGGCUUCAUCAACUUCUUCUCCUUUCUAUCCCUCUGCCAUUAUUUCCAUCUCUCGCCAUAUCAACUCCUGCCCGCUGCGCCUCGUCGUCGUCCCAUCCUGAAAGGACAUCCUCACAGCCGCGCCGAGCCUGCCCUCCGCAACCCCCCGUCGCUUCUCUUGUCCCCCGCAUCACCACCACACCCAGGCAACGCUCCUCACCAGCCCUCUCCUUCCAGUUCGACCGCUCGCCCUCUCAUGCAUUCGUAGCCGGCGUCGCUGUUUCCAAGGAGGCUUUCAGUCAUUGUGACUCGCAAUGGGUCAGAACAACGGGAAGCCCGUCGUCUUCACCGACCAAGUGAACCUCAAUCACUUCCGGUUACUACGAGUCGUAGGCAAGGGCGCCUUUGGCAAGGUGCGCAUAGUCGAGCGAAAGGACACCGGCCUCACCUUUGCUCUCAAGUACAUAAGAAAAGAUGAAGUUGUACGGUCCGAGAGCGUGCGCAACAUCAUCCGUGAACGCCGUAUGCUCGAACACCUCAAUCACCCCUUCCUGUGCAAUCUGCGGUACAGCUUCCAGGACAUUGAGUACUUAUAUAUCGUCGUCGACCUCAUGAAUGGCGGCGAUCUACGCUUUCACAUCUCGCGAAAGACGUUCACAGAAGAAGCGGUUCGCUUCUGGAUAGCCGAGCUUGGGUGUGCAGUGCGGUACAUACAUCAACAGGGCAUCGUGCAUCGUGACAUCAAGCCGGACAAUGUACUUCUGGACUCCGACGGACACGUCCAUCUGGCAGACUUUAACGUUGCCUCCGACUUUACCCCUCACAAGCCCCUGACCAGUAAGUCUGGCACGCUGGCCUAUCUUGCACCCGAGGUCUACGAAGGCAAGGGUUACUCUUGCGAGGUAGAUUGGUGGUCACUAGGUGUGCUCUUCUAUGAGUGUAUAUACAACAGGCGCCCCUUUGAGGCCAACAGUCACGAUUCGCUCGCACAAAAGAUCCUGAAGGGUGAGCCCACCUAUCCGGUCACAAGCCCCCCAGUCACCAUGCCUUGCCUACACGCAAUCAGCUCGCUCUUGGAAAAGGACCGCAAGAAGCGGAUUGGUGCGAUUGGAUUUGAAACCUUUACUGAUAAUCCUUUCUUCCGGCCGUUGGAUUUUGAAGCGCUGGAGAGAAAGGAGAUUGAGCCUAUUUUCCGUCCGUCAAGCGAUAAGACAAAUUUUGACGCAACGUACGAUUUGGAGGAGUUGCUUCUUGAGGAGGCGCCUUUGGAAGCUCGUGCACGGAGACAGAAACCGCGGGAGGCGCUGAAGGAAGAUGCUACAGAGCAGGAAAUACGCGCAGAGGAACUCCAUAAGAUGAUUGAGACGCUAUUCGAGCCUUUCAAUUACACCACCGUUGCGGAGCAGCGACCUGCUGCGGUAGCCGUCACGGACGAAUCGACCAUGUCGCACAUCAGUAACAACAGCGCAAAUACACCCACCACUUCAAGUUCGCCCAGGGACGGGGCUCAAUCCAAAACUUCACAGGACGAUCAGCUCCGCCCAACUCGGUCUACCACGACUGCUCGCUCCACGACACACUCGCCCAGCGGAAGCCCUCCCCUAGCUACCACCACUCUCCCACACCACGGUUCGAGGGCUUCGCCUUCCUCCCAACGCGGAGACCGUUCUGAGCAUUACCCCGUCGAUGCCUCGGAAACUUCGACGCCCUCGUUUUCCCGCCCGAUGAACAGCCGCCAGCGGGGUCCGCAGCGCAGUACCAGCAUGGGCGGCGGCGUACAGGUAGUACUCAACGAGACCGGCUCGUGGUCCGAUAUGGCUAAUCAGAGCUCUUCGCUCAUACAGAAUCCGAAUGCCGAAAAGCCAACGGGCAUGCUCGGUUUCUUAUCCCGCAAGAAGGGUCGGGACAGGAGUCCCAAGGCCAAAGAGAGGGGUGUGCUGGGAAAGGAGGGCGCCCGAGUCAUCAUCAGCAAUACGUGAGCGAUCUUCCAUGGGCAAAUCCGUCUCCGGCUUUCCGCAUCUUUGAGAAAUUCGCUUUUUGCUUUCGUUUCGGAAGUUUUCGACAUUGCUGCGUCUUACAGCAUGAGAGGCGUUAUGGAGUUCUGGCUCAUACCACUUAGUCCGUUCUUGGUGUCUAUGUACACCAAUGGCAUGGCUUCUUCGUCGAUGUAUUUUGCAUAAAGCAUCCUAUGCGUAUCCCUGGAGGUUUUACUCUAGGGUUUAUGCAUUUGGCGAGGCGUUGUGGGCAUGAUUGCAGCGUUUGGAGGGAGGGCAUCAAUAGGAAUGCUCAGACGACGCGUUCAGUGGGGGGCAAAGGUACAGAGGAGGACCAGGAAGAGCAGUUGCGAGUACUUGUACAUGUAGAAACGGGGAUAUCAGAGUUGGAUGUGAACGUGGGAAAGGGAGGGAACUAAAGAUGGAGGAAUCUGCAGUGGAGUUUGUGCAUAUUGGUUUUUGAAAAUAC